AUGCUACUCAAGCGAAUUACCCUCCUAGCAUCCGUGGCCUCAUCUUCACCCGUCCAAUUAGGGACGCCUUUCGAUCGUCGACAAGUGUUACCUACAGUAGAACUCCCUUACGGUACUUGGAGGGCCAGUCGGUAUGACAGUGCGAACGAUAUUUACACCUUCAAGAACAUCCGAUUCGCAGCGACUCCGACAGGCGACCUUCGAUUUACAGCUCCUGCUCCCCCACAACCGAAUUCUACGAUUCAAGAUGGAAGCUACGGAUUCAGUUGCAUCUCCAGCAGUACUCGACGACUCGGUGGCAGCACCAAUGGACCGUCUAGGUUAGGGGGCCUUACAGGCGUACCCCGAGUUGUACCUCAGGGAGAAGAUUGUUUGUUCUUAGAUGUUUAUGCGCCUUCAAGAGCCCUGAAUGGCACUGAAAAGUUUUCAGUUGUCUUUUGGAUUUACGGGGGAGCAUACGUCGGAGGCUCUAAAGAUGGAAUAUACGAUGGAACACCACUGAUUAAAUCUGCUGGGGGGAAUCUGGUCUUCGUUGCCGCGAACUAUCGUCUGGCUGCUUACGGAUUUCUCGGCGGGUCAACGAUGGAACGGGACGGAACUCCCAAUGCAGGGUUUUAUGAUCAGCAAUUUGCGCUACAAUGGGUUCAAGAUCAUAUAAGCAAGUUCGGAGGGGAUCCAAACAACGUCAGUGUCUGGGGAGAAUCUGCUGGUGGUGGCUCAAUCAUGCACCAGUUAACUGCCAAUGGUGGGAAUGGGAAAGCCCUAUUCAAGCGGGCGGUCAUCCAAAGUCCCGCAUUUCAGACGCUCCAUGACAGACAAGGGCAGAUUGAGACGACAUACAAAGCAUUUGAAGAGGCUGCAGGCUGCGCUGGCCGGGGGCUAACGUGUCUGCGAAAUGCGAAUACUUCGACCAUCAAUUCAGCACAGUCGAUAGUGAUGCAAAAUGCAGUUGAAGGGACGUUUGGUUUUGGCCCUGUGGCAGAUGGAAAGUUCGUCCGUCAACUACCAGCUCUCGAACUCGCCUCUGGCAAUUUUUUCAAAGAUAUGGAGUCUUUGAUAGUCUCUCACGUCUUUGAUGAAGCAUCCAUGUUUGUACCGGCUGGUAUCAGCCAGGAUAGGGACAUCGAUACCUUCCUCACUUCAGUAUUCCCCGGGCUGGAUAUUAUUCGUGAUGUAGUACUUCGACGAUACCCCCCUUCUGGUAGCGCGGGAGUUGGCUAUCCUGAUGCAAGGGGACGCAUCCAAGCACUCAUCCGAGAUAGUACGUUUGUGUGCAAUGUUCGUUUUAUCAGCGCUGCCUAUGCCUGUCAGAACUGCACUACUCCGUCUUCAUCCGUCUACAACGUUCAAUACUCCCGUUCUCCGGGGACCCACGGUUCGGAUGUCCUGGCAACAUUUUUCAACCCGUCCGGCGAGCUCUCGCGCUUGUCAACUUUGGACCCUUCACUGGCAUCGUUUGCUGCAUCUUAUCAGAGUUACCUCACAUCCCAUGCAAUGACUGGUGACCCCAAUACCUAUCGCCUUCCCAACUCCACCGCCAGUUGGCCGGAGGUCACGGUUGAACCUACAUUGAGGAAUGUCCUCGACGCCGGAAAUCCUGGAUUUAGUCUGAUUUCCGAUAACCAGACCACGGCCGACGUUUGUGACUUUUGGCUCGAUAUCCAAGCCGCCAUGACGAGUUUAGGAGGAUACGCACCCCCAGACAGUGUGGUCGAGAACCCUUUUACGAACAUUAUCAGUGUAGCUGAUGCAUCCGCGAACUUUGUGAUUGUAUGAGCGAAGUGGUUUCGACCGCGAGGGUCACGGCGGCAAUCAAAGGUGAAGUUGAAUACGCUCGACUUCUCUUGACGUAGGGAGUAGACUUAGGUUAAUUGUCUGAUGGGAAAAUCUCGGUGGUAGCCUGAAAAAGCCGGUCCUAAAAUCCAUCUAUGGCCAACUGAUUCUUGCAUCAUUGGAUUUCAAC